GUUACAUUGUGCGACCGCGCCCUCUGCCCGGUUGAGUAGCGCUGGAUGCUGGCACUGCUUCUGCUGCUGCUGCUGCUGCUGCUGCCCUGUCCCAUCUCCACUCCCGCCAUCUUUACUAUGCAGAGCCCUUCCUUUCAGUGCAAUCGAGGCGGGAUGCGCUUGGUCUGCCUGCUGACUGCAAACGAUGUAUCUAGUCGUGCUCCAUGUGUGUGUCUACCUGCCUGCCUGCCUGCCUGCCUGUCUGUCUGCCUGUCUGCCCUCUUGGUUGUUGCGCACAUUCUUCAUCUACCAGCUUUUGACUAUACGUGAUUCUAUUUUCGACCGCUGUCUCUAAUGCCAAAGGAUUCACGCUAUGGAAGAAGCUGCCGCCAUCGGCAAUCUUGACGCUGUGAAGAGUAUGUUGCCAAGCCUGUUACUGAGCCACGACCCAACUGUGCCCCUCCACGAGAGGGCCGCACCAGGUGCCAGUACCAUUCUCGAUCGGUCCAUACGUGCUGCCGCCGCUCAUGGUUGGGCCGACGUCACCCGUUUCUUCAUUGACCAAGGUGCCGUUAUCGACGAUGCCCUUGUCUGCGCUGUUAUAAACUCGGGAUCUAUCGAGCAAUGCCAGAUUCUUCUGAGUCACGGCUGGGAUGUCAAUCGCAGCUACAUUAGUGCUUCUGGUGAUUGGCAUUUUUGGACUCCUUUGCGCGCAGCACUUGGAGACCCGCCGCUUUGCCGUUGGUUGUUAGAGCAUGGUGCGGA